AUGGCGUUAGCAUUAUUCGAUCAUGUGAACGCAUUGUGUGGAAGUUUAUCAGAAUUAUGUACCCCAGCUACCUGUCAAUACAUGAGCUAUCCGGGAACUGCCAAAGCCUAUUAUAUCGAUGAACGAGGAAAGAGGCAUCUCUAUUCAGCGAUGCAAUAUAUGGAUUGUGUGAUGUCAUUUUGUGAAAAGGCGAGCAGAAGUGAAGAAUUAUUUCCAACCAAAUACGUCAGUGAAGAUGACUUGUAG